AUGAGGCAAGUGGUUGAUAAGGAAAAAGAGAGCGAUGUUUUGUUUAUCCUAGACUCGGGUGCUUCUGACCAUAUUGUAAAAGAUGCCAAACUAUUUGCUGAAUACACCAACCUGGAAACACCUGUGGAGAUUUCAAUUGCCAAGCGUAAUGAAUGCAUUUACGCAACUGCUAAAGGAGUAGUACAACUCAGCAGCUCUGGAAAUCAAAUUACACUGAAGGAUGUUUUAUUCAGCAAGGAUAUUCUUCACAAUCUCUUGUCUGUACGAAAGAUGCAGGAUGCAGGAAUGAUCAUUGAAUUUAGUUCAGGAGGUGUUAAUGUCACCAAUAAUGAUCGUUUGGUAUUUGAUGGUAACUUAACGGGUAUAAUUAGCAUUCGCUGCAUCAGCGACUUCAUAGCAAUUAGAGAUUCUGGUCAGAACUAUGGAAAACUGCACCAAAGGCGCCAGCUAAUGACCACGUGGCCUAUUGUUAGCCAACCUGGCGGCAUUUCGGUUCAAAGGGAAAAGGCUGCCAUGAUGGAGCUGGUUUCCAAGGGAUUAAGCAUAGUGUUUCCGGAUGCCAAAGCCUUUCUGAAAGCCAAAUUUAUGGAUUUGUUUUUCCGGGGCAUCAACGUAGACUGCUCCUCGGAAGAAUUCUCCGCAAAGGCCCUCUGCACGGUGUUUUACACGGGAGAAGUUAAGCAGGCCAAACAAGUAAACCAGACGCACUUUUUGUUCUCGUUUAUGGGUCAGGCCAAUCACUCGGAUGCUGGGAGGUUUACAGUCUGUCGCGGAGUGAAGAAUAACAAAAAGCUGGGAAAGGUUGUGAAGUUCGCCGACGAACCGGAGCAAGACAUUUGGCCAGAUGGCGAGUGCAACACCUUCAUCGGCACUGAUUCCACGGUUUUUGCACCGGGCUUGAAGAAGGAGGAUGGCCUGUGGGCAUUCACCCCGGACUUGUGUAGAUCCCUGGGAGCCUAUUACCAGCACAAGUCAUCCUACCAUGGCAUGCCGUCGAUGAGAUACACCCUGGAUUUGGGGGAUAUACGUGCUGAUGACAGGCUUCACUGCUUCUGCGAAGAUCCCGAAGAUCUGGACACGUGUCCGCCCAAGGGAACUAUGAAUCUGGCGGCCUGUGUUGGAGGUCCGUUGAUGGCAUCCAUGCCUCAUUUCUAUCUGGGCGACCCAAAGCUGAUUGCAGAUGUGGAUGGUCUUAAUCCGAAUGAAAAGGAUCAUGCUGUCUACAUAGACUUUGAACUCAUGUCUGGAACACCUUUUCAGGCUGCGAAGCGAUUGCAGUUUAACCUGGACAUGGAGCCAGUGGAGGGCAUCGAACCCAUGAAGAAUCUGCCCAAACUGAUACUGCCCAUUUUUUGGGUGGAGGAGGGCGUACAUCUCAACAAGACCUACACGAACUUAGUAAAAUACACACUUUUUCUGGGCCUCAAAAUCAACUCUGUCUUGCGCUGGUCCCUAAUAACUUUCUCCCUGGUUGGCCUCAUGUUUUCCGCCUAUCUUUUCUGCCAUAAGUCCGACAGUUUGGACAUAACCGGUAUCCUCAAGGAGAACAACAAGGUAGACGAUGUGACCAGCACAAAGGAGCCCUUGCCUCCAGCGAAUGCAAAGCAAUCUACUACUGUGCACCCGGUUCAGGUGCCCAAUACUCUGAUUCCCGGCACGAAUCCCGCCACCCACCCGGCUCCCCAUCUCAAAAUGGAGCAUCGGGAGCGCUACUGAUCCCUCAAAUGGCGAUCUCCAGCGAUCUCUGCACCAUAGUCGUAGUCCACUGCACCUGAGUAGUCCAACAUGAGCUAAUAAAUUGAGACAGAUAUAAGCACCUUCGUCUGGGGAACUGGUCGGUGGCCAAUCGAGUGAUCGCUAAUCGAUGAUCGCUGACCGCUGAUCGCAGAUGACAAGAUCUGUGCGCUCCACUGACACCAAUUAGCGUGGAUCCAGCAAAAAACGCAAAACCAGCUAUUGAAGUUCGAGAUCAGCGAUCACAAGUGUCUGUGAAUUGACAAAUCGGUUUUAAACAAUGGUUGCAAUGUGUGUAAACCGAAAACAAUUGCAAAGACAGGCGUAAAAGUUAAAGCAAAAUAUC